AUGGCUUGCAUUAAGAUUGAGUGUGUCGUGAGGGACAAAUACAGAAUUGGAGAGAGUCCAGUUUGGGAAGAAAAGCAUGGUUCUCUUCUAUAUGUGGACAUCACUGGCCAGAAGGUGUGCAGAUGGAAUGCAAUCACGAAACAAGUGAAGGAAAUGCAUGUUGAUGCUCCUGUUGGCUCAGCGGUCCCUCGAAGAUCAGGGGGAUAUGUUCUGGCAGUCGGAAAAAGGUUUGCCUUUCUGGACUGGGAACAAGAAACAGUUACUGAAAUUACUUCGGUUGACCAGGAUAAAGCAAACAACAGAUUUAAUGAUGGCAAAGUGGACCCUGCUGGGCGGUUCUUUGCAGGGACCAUGGCAAUGGAGACUCGUCCAGCUGAGGUAGAAAGGCACCAGGGAUCAGUGUACUCCCUGCAGGCUGACCACUCUGUGGUUAAGCACUUUGACCAAGUGGACAUUUCUAAUGGUCUGGAUUGGUCACCGGAUCGCAAGGUCUUCUAUUAUAUAGACAGUUUAUCAUUCGCUGUGGAUGCAUUUGACUACGACCUGCAGUCAGGAAAAAUCUCAAAUCGAAGACGUGUGUACAAGCUUGAACAGGAGGAGGCUAUUCCAGAUGGACAGUGCAUCGAUGCAGAGGGAAAGCUUUGGAUUGCCUGCUACAAUGGUGGGAGAGUCCUUCGUAUUGAUCCAGAGACUGGCAAAAGAAUCCAGACAGUGAAACUGCCAGUUGACAAGACAACAUCUUGUUGCUUUGGAGGAAAAGAUUACUCUGAACUUUACAUAACAUCAGCUGCAGAUGGAAUGGAUGAAGACUGGAAUCGAAGACAACCGGAAGCAGGUGGCAUUUUUAAGAUUACUGGGCUUGGAGUGAAGGGAAUUCCACCAUAUUCAUAUGCAGGAUAAAAAAACACUUCCAACCACCUAAAAGUUACAUUCUGUGCAACUAUGAUGCCAACCUGCUCAAAG